UUCAGUCAUGUCAGGACUGUCUGGUGUCUGUCUGCUGCUGCUGUCCUCCAGCCUCGUGUCUGGAGCUCUGAUUAUCUCUGAUGGCCAAGCUGCAAAGGAAACGGGGAAUGAUGCCAAACUGUUGCAGAAAAGAAGCACAAAUGACAACACGGUGGAGGUGCACAGUGUGACCGUGGCGUGUACGGUUACGUCUCGCUUCGCCCACACUGUCAUGACCUCAGUGGCUUUAAACAAAGCCAACUCGUCCAAAGAAAUCUUUUUUGAAGUGGAGCUGCCCAAGACUGCUUUUAUCACCAACUUCAGCAUGGAAAUAGAAGGUAAAGAGUAYGUCGGUGUGGUGAAGGAGAAAGAAAAAGCUAAGAAACAGUACGAGAAGGCUGUUUCCUCCGGGCAGACGGCUGGAUUGGUCCAGGCUUCUGGAAGAAAAAUGGAGAAGUUUUCCGUGUCCGUUAACAUCGCCGCUGAAAGUAACGUGACUUUCGUUCUGACCUACGAAGAGCUCCUUCAGAGGAAACGGGGCCAUUACGAGAUUUUUACACGAGUCAAACCCAAAGCAGUGGUUCAGCAGUUUGAGAUUCUGGCAAACAUCUACGAGCCUCAGGGCCUUUCUUAUGUUGACACCCAGGCUACGUUCCUCACCAAUGAACUGCUUCCCCUGGUGGAGAAAACUGUCACAGACAAUAAGGCACGCAUCUCUUUCUCUCCAACCAUGGAGCAGCAGAGGAAGUGUCAAGGUUGUGAUGGAACGCUCAUUGAUGGUGAUUUUAUCAUCGAGUAUGAUGUGAAGCGAGAGAAGAGCCUCGGGGAGCUUCAGAUUGUGAAUGGAUACUUUGUGCACUUCUUUGCACCACCUGAUUUGCCCAGAGUUCCUAAGAAUGUGGCGUUUAUAAUUGACCGCAGUGGAUCAAUGUCUGGUAGAAAAAUGGAGCAGACUCGAAAUGCCAUGCUGGCCAUCUUAGAAGACCUCCAUGAAGAAGAUUAUUUUUCAAUCAUCGUGUUUGAUGACUCAUUGGAUUUUUGGAAGAAUUCUCUUACCAAAGCAACAAAGGACAAUGUGGCUGAUGCCAUGAUCUACGUUAAAACCUUCCCUCUUGGAGGAACCACCGACAUCAAUGGUGCAGUCCUGAAAGGUGUGGACAUGAUUGUUGAAGACAGACGACAGAAUCGGGUACCAGAGAAAAGUGCUGACAUGGUCAUUUUACUGACGGAUGGAAUGCCAAACUCAGGAGUGUCUCACAUCCCAUUGAUUCAGGAGAAUGUGCGUAAUGCCAUUGGAGGAAACAUGUCUCUUUUCUGUCUCGGAUUUGGAAAUUAUGUGGACUACAAUUUCCUGGAUGUGAUGAGCAAACAAAACAAAGGACUGGCUCGCCGUAUCUUUGAAGCUUCAGAUGCUGCCCUUCAGCUCCAGGGUUUCUAUGAGGAAGUGUCCAGCCCGCUGCUCUUGGAGGUGGACCUGAAGUAUCCAGACAAUGCAGUGGACUCUGUGACCACCAGUCACUUCAGCCAAUUGUUUAAUGGCUCAGAGAUUGUGGUGGCUGGUCGGCUGUCAGACAACGAACUGGAUAACUUCCUGGUGGAAGUGUUCGGUCAGGGGUUUGAAGAGGACUUUAAGGCGCAGGGUCAGGCCACGGUUGUUGAUUUGGACGUGUUGUACCCUGAUGAGAGUUACAUCUUUGGAGAUUUCACUGAGCGUCUGUGGGCCUACCUCACCAUUCAGCAGUUACUAGAGAAGAGUAAGAGUGGUGGAGCAGAUGAGAAAGCCAAUGCCACAGCGAAGGCCCUGGAGAUGUCUCUGCAGUACAGCUUUGUCACCCCCCUCACCUCCAUGGUGGUCACCAAGCCUGAAAUGGAGGAYGGGACAGACAGCCCCCUCAUCGCUGACAAACUGACUGAGGAGCAAAGACAGCAGGCAGAAAGAUUUCAACCUGUGGCUACGUCAUACUCACAUACAACUCCAUAUUAUUAUCCUGCAUCACAAUUUGUGGAUGCAGAUCCCCAUUUUGUGAUUGAACUUCCUGACAGAAACGACGCUCUGUGCUUCAACAUCAAUGACCUACCAGGAACCAUUUUCAACCUGGUUAAAGACCCAGUAUCAGGUAUCCUGGUCAAUGGCCAGGUCAUUGGAGACAAGAUGAUUCCCCCCGAUGGGAAAAUCAACACCUAUUUCUGGAAGUUUGGCAUUGUUCACCAGACGUUAGAGGUGAAGCUGGAGGUGACCACCCAGGACAUUUCAGUCUACCAGGACAGAAAACUGGUCAAGCUGCUGUGGAGCGACACAGCUUCUCUUAAAGGACACAAUAUGGAUCUCCUGGUGACCAAGGAUCGUAGUCUAACUGUAACGCUAAAGGACUCCGUCAAGUUUGUGAUUCUGCUACACAAAGUCUGGAAGAAGCACCCGUACCACCGGGACUUCCUGGGCUUCUACACCCUGGACACUCACCUCCUGUCUCCUGCUGUUCAUGGUCUGCUAGGUCAGUUUUAUCAUGGGAUUGAUUUUGAGGUGACAGAUUUGCGUCCCGGAGAGGUUCCAGAGAAACCAGACGCCACCAUGUACGUAAAAGGACAUAAGCUCAAAGUAACCAGAGGCUGGCAGAGAGACUUCAGGAGUGACUUGAAGAAUGGUGAAAAUGUUCCCUGCUGGUUCGUUCACAACAACGGAUCAGGCCUCAUCGACGGAGAUGCAAAAGACUACACCGUGCCUUGGCUUUUUACGACRGUUUAAAAACAAGCAACACAUCUAUUUUAAAAUGAUCAAAAUCACGUUGUCACAAAUCUACUGAUACCUUCAAACAUAAAUAUGAACCGCAAUGCUCCUCCACCCAAAUAAAAAUAGAAUUAUAGAGUACACUGAGUGAUUUAUGGAAUUAAAGUAGUCAGCCGCAUUGAGAAAUAUUUUCUGAAAUCAGAUGUGUUCUUUUAGAUGCACCUAAGCUACAUUACAUUACCUGACACACAAGGACUUUUAAAAACUUGGUUAAGUGCUUGCUGUCAUGAGACUGAGUUUAAAAUACUGGAACUGUUUUAAAAAAGUGAUGUAAAGUCUGUCAUAGUGUGAAAAGUCUGCUGUAGUACCACCACAUCCCAGAAUGUUGAAAUAAAAGUUCCACCUGAGGUAA